ACGAUCCGUAAUCAGUAAUUAUGGUUUCGGCUUAUAUUUGCAAAUAUAUUUUGUAACUUCAUAUCAGGUGUUCAUAAAAGAAGUGUUUGAGAAAAUAUUUCUUAAUAAAGUAUUUUUGUAUUCUACCCUCAUUAAUAGCAAAGCUUGUUUGUUUCAAUUUAUCCGAACAUUUCAUCUGUUAGAUUUGAUUACAAUUCUUACAACAGCAAUGGAUAAGUAUUAUAAAAACUUUAUACUAUGCGGUGAAGCCAAUUUCUAUUGUAUUUUAUGUCAAGAAAGUUUUGUAAUUAAACUACACGUUGAAAAGCAUCUGCGAUGGGAGAAACAUAGAACCAAUAUUAAAAAGCAGGAAUAUGCUCCCAAAUUUAAAAAGGAUUUUAUUUAUAAGUUUGCUGAUGAAUAUUACUAUUGUGAAAUAUGUAAUAUAGUGACACAAAAUGCAGUGGAUCACAUAAAAGGAAGUAAUCAUGAAGAAAUAAAAAAAUCUGAUAAGAAUAAACUAAGAGCAUCAAAUGUAGAUCUUGAUGAAGAUGGGUCAAUUAAAGUACAAAAUAGAGUUAUCACUAAACUGCAAUGGCAUGGCAUUGCAGAUAAUCUGUGUUUAACAUGCAAUGAAACAGUUGAAAAAUUAUUGGCUCAUAUAAAUUCCUUUAAUCAUAUGAUAAGACUGAUACAGAGUGAAACCACCAUUAAGGAUGAUCAGCUUUAUAGACAGUUGGGAGAAAAUAACUUUUAUUGCUUUACAUGUGCUAAAGUAUUGGAUAGUAAAUCCUUAGAAACACAUUUGGCUGAUAAUCACAAUAGAAAUGAAAAUGAAAACAAUAGUAAAAAAAUAUCACAAAAAAAUAUAAAAAAAAAGUUAAAUCCAAGUUUAGACACAAAUAUCCACAAAGAACCAUUUGAGACACAAUUAUUGAAAAAAAUUGAAGAUAAAUAUUUCAGUUUCGAAAUUGAAAACAAAGCUACAUGCUUGAAGUGUCAGGAAAUAGUGGAAUUAACAUAUGAUGCAAUAUAUCAGCAUAAGAAGUCUCACCAAUCGCCAGAAGAAAUAAUAGCGGCAGAUUUAUUCUGGCUUAGGCGGGAUAGAGGCAAGGAAAGGGCAGAAUUAGCUACAUAUGGAAGAGCCAAUUUUAUAAAAUUGAAUGAGGGUGGAAGACAGGGCUAUUGCUCACUAUGUAAUAAAUGGCUGUCAGCACAUAUUUACACUGCAAAACAACAUGUGGAAGGAGCUCAUCAUAGAGGACAUUUGGAACUUAAAGGCUUAAUUAAAGAACAAAAGCAUGAGAAACCUAACAUAAAUAGUGUUCCAUAUAGAACAUUUUUAAGUGUAAUGUAUGGUCCGUUUGAGAUUGAUGAGUUAAGUUAUGUUGUUAUAAAUAAUGGCAUCGGCCUCACCACCUUCAGUUAUACGCUAAUGUGCUUGAUUGAUGAUAUUAAAAUGUUGAUGAAGUGUUUUUGUUGUGAUUUGACAAUAGAUAUGAGUGAGAUAAAAGAACAUGUAAAAUCAAAAGAACAUAGAAAAAUUUUGUUUGAAUGCAAAGUUUUACCUAUUGUAUUGGAGGGUUAUGAGGAAUUUGUUCGACAGAUACAUCCAGGUUUAUAUCAUUGUGGCUAUUGUAAUAAGACUUUUCCAUUUUGGGAGAAUAUGGGGAAACAUUUGGAAAGUCUUCCACAUGCAGUCCAACGAAGAAAGUUAAAACUUAUAACCUACAUAUGUGGUAAAUUAUAUCUGGAUCCAUCAUUCUCCUUAGCAGACAUGAUAGAGUACAAGCAAUUAAAAAAAUAUUUUCAUUAAUUACAUUUUUAUUAUGAAACUUAUUUAAAAAAAGUUGUUUUUUUAAGUUCUUGUCAAACCUUAUAGUUUUGUUUAUUAAAAGGCUAAAAAUAAAAGUUUAA